ACCAUUUAUGUGAUAAUGUUAGCCGUGGAAGGGUCCGUUGCGAGGAUUGGGGGAUAAAUGGCGUAUAAGGGCGCCAUAAGAAAUGAGAUAACAUUACAUUACAAAUGAGAUGUUAUUAUAGUUUACGAAGUUGAAGAUAAUGUGUUCGGAAUAACGGGAAAACAGCCAUGCCAUAGCGUUUUCCGCCAUUUUCUUUGCAGAAGAUAUGCUUAUUACUUGCUCGACGCCCUCUCUUACAUCCUCCGCCCAUUCUCUUUCUUACAGGGCAUUUUCAGGAUGUGCAACAUCAAGAGCUUUCAUAACUCAAACCAAGCAAGUACAGCGCUACUGCUCAUGUCAGAGUUUCAAUCACAGCAGCGAAGAGAAUUCUUAUAUAUCACUAUCCAAUGAGAAUUCCAGGCGAAAGAUUCUCCUUUUUUUCUUAUCAACUACAGCUUUAUUUCCCACUCGGCAUUCUUCUGCCAAGACAAAGAAUAAGAAUCCAUACGAUGAAAGACGCUUACUAGAGCAAAACAAACGGAGACAAAAAGAAAACAAUGCUCCUGUCGACUUUCCAAGCUUUGUCAGGGAAGGUUUCGAGGUUAAGGUAAUAGCACCAGAGUCCUAUGUCAAACGUGACUCUGGGCUCAUAUAUUGGGAUAUUGAAGUUGGUAAUGGUGAUUGCCCCAAGGAUGGUCAGCAGGUGAUCUUUCACUAUGUUGGCUAUAAUGAAUCUGGUCGUCGAAUUGAUAGCACAUACUUACAGGGUUCUCCUGCCAGAAUCCGUGUGGGCACAAAUGCAUUGGUCCCAGGAUUUGAGGAAGGAAUUCGAGGCAUGAGACCAGGGGGAAAAAGGAGAAUGAUAAUCCCACCAGAACUUGGACCUCCUGUGGGGCCUUCCACAUUUUUCAGCUCAAAACAGUUUGAAGUCUUUGAUGUGGAACUGUUAAGCGUCCAAGAUUGUCAGAGGAGGACAAUAGGCUUUUACUCUGACAUUGUUUGCAACUAGGAGUUGAACGUUGCCAUUUUGAGGUACACAUGGAUCUUUGAGAUGAAACAACCUAAAGAAGUCCAUACUGCACUAUGUAUAACAGUUCCACGUGAGAUGUUUUACAGAGAUUGAUCAAUCAGAUUAAAUAUCAUAUUACCAAGUCGCUUGUUUUUCUUCCCCUCUCUCUCACCUUCUGGAUAAUAUCUCCUAAGCCGAUCUUGGAGCACGAUCGUAACUUUGCUUAUCUAUCAUUUACAAAGAGUUUGUAGUUAGUGUUAAUGAAUAAGACAUCUAUUAGUAUAAUAAAACUUACUGGUAAAAUCUUCAAUUA